AUCACACUUAUCUCAGAACCCAUAGAACUCCGUGGACGAAACUGAAAGGAGCCUCCCACCCUGCCUGAAAGCACUUCCCAGCACCCGCUAUCUCUCAGCACCAUGAGUAAGGAAUCUGAUGGAAAUCCAAUGGAACACAGCCUGCUUCAGCUGAGAUGUCACUUUACUUGGGAGCUGAUAAUUGAAGAUAUUGACAUGCCUGAUUUAGAAAACAGGGUUUUGGAAGAGAUUGAGUUCCUUGACACAAAGUACAAUGUGGGAAUUCACAACCUCCUGGCCUAUGUGAGACACCUGAAAGGCCAGAACGAUGAAGCCCUGCAAAGCUUGAAAGAAGCUGAGGACUUAAUCCAGAGGGAGCACGUGAACCAGUCAGACAAGAAGAACAUCGUGACCUGGGGCAACUAUGCUUGGGUGCAUUACCACAUGGGCAGGUUGGCAGAUGCCAAGAUGUACCUGGACAAGGUGGAGAACACUUGCAAGAAGCUGGAAGGUCCGUCACGUUUUAGGAUGGAGUGUCCUGAGAUGGACUGCGAGGAAGGAUGGGCCUUGCUGAAGUGUGGAAAAAGAAACUAUAAGCGAGCCAAGGCCUGCUUUGAAAAAGCUCUGGAAGUGGAGCCUGAAAACUCUGAAUUCAACACUGGAUACGCCAUUGUGGCCUAUCGCAGUGAGAACAACAGGAAUGCAAUUUCUCUAGACCCCUUGAGGAAGGCCAUGAGGCUAAAUCCAAAUGACACAUAUAUCAAGGUCCUCCUUGCCCUAAAGCUUCAGGAGAUAGGAGAGGAAGCUGAAGGAGAAAGGUGCAUUGAAGAAGCCCUGAGCAAUAAGUCCUUCCAGACUUAUGUCUUUCGAUAUGCAGGCAAGUUUUACCUAAGAAAGGGCUGUGUAGAAAAAGCUCUUCUGUUCUUUGAAAAGGCCUUGCAGGCAACUCCCAACUCUGCCUUCUUGCAUUACCAGAUUGGACUUUGCUACAAGACACAAAUGAUCCAAGUAAAGAAGACUACAAACAUGCAGCCAAGAGGCCGGGAUAAAGAAAAUGUGGACAGAUUGGCCCGAUUGGCUAUAUUUGAAUUUCAAAGCACUUUACAACUAAAGCCCACAUAUGACAUGGCUUAUGUGACUCUGGCUGAAAUGUAUGCAGAAACGGGCCAAUUAAGAAAGGCAGAGGACAAUUUUCAAAAGUUAUUCCACAUGAAGAACAUCGAUAAUCACAUACAACAAGAGAUUCAUUUCCGCUAUGGACGUUUCCAAGAAUUUUACAGGAAAUCUGAAGAUAAGGCAAUCACUCAUUAUUUAAAGGGUCUAAGAAUAGAAGAAAUGUCAUAUGCCACAGAAAAACUUCUAAGUGCUCUGGAGAAAUUGGCUGAAAGACGUAUGCACCAGAAUAUUCACAUUGUGGAAAGCUUUGGCCUCCUUGGCCUGGUCCACAAGUUGAAAGGGGAUAUGAAUGAGGCCCUCCUGUGCUAUGAGAAGGCUCUGAGGCUCACUGAACACCUGAAUCCUAUGUUUUGAAGGACAACUUACCACUACCAGUUUCAUAUUCUCAUAACUAAAUACAACCACACUCUCUCCUAGUUGCUACCUCCAAAAUGUAUAACCUGGUAAAGCACAAAGUUGUUGGACACAACUCACCUUCUUCUGCCUACCCAGCCCCACUUUCUUUGCCCUGCAUCGUGUGUAGUGUGUCUACAAGAGGAUCCUUGCUCAUCCACCAACUCUCUUGCAUUAGUUGACCAGGGAUGAUUUGUGCUGUUUGGGGUACAAACGUAUGGACUAACAAGAAUUACUUUCUUUAUGAACAUGCCUUUGGAAUGAACAGCUUCCUUCUUCAGACUGCUGGUGUCCAGGACAGAGACUUCCACAGGGAAGGAUUGUUUUUAUUUAUUUAGGUACCGGGGAUUGAACUCUGGACCUUGCAAUGGCGAGGCAGAUGGCAGCACUACUGAGCUAAAUCCCCAGUAGGAAGGGUUAUUUUUCAAGUGGCCAAAAGCUCUGAGCUGUGAGAGGAUGUAAGAGCAAAACAAAGGACCAAAAAUAAUAGAUAACACAGAGGAUGGAGAUUCGGGAGUUGCCUAUAGAAUUUGAACUUGAAGUUCCAUUUCUCCAGGCCUUAUUGUUGUAGACAAGAACUGAUGGUAAGUAAACCCAGCGCACAGCUUUAUAAUCAGUUCUACCUUUUGUCUACAUGUAUCUACCUGCUAACACAAGGAACCUAUAUGAUCCAAACACAUAGCUGAACAUUUGUUCAUAGUAUAGAAGACUUUUAAUGAAUAAGGGGCACAAAAGGAAGAAGAUUGAUUGAGUUCCCUGCCACAUAAAAUGGCCCUAACCCCACACCCUAAAUGGCUCUUCCUGGCAGAUAAUAAAUCACUCCUCAUUAGGGGGAAACAAAGACCCAACUUUCCUGCCACAAAGAUCUCCCACCUCUAGUCCUUCCUUCCCACUGGAAAAUCCAAACCUGCCAAUGGAUUUAAACCUCACAUCUGGCUGCAGCAAACAUCUACCUCCACUAUGUCCCCCACUUAUGACCCUUUGCCCAUUUAAAACCUCACCCAGCCAGCCCCUCCGUGCUGCUCUUGCCAUUGUCCGAGACAGCCGGGCACCCUAUCCUCUGCACCCUGGCCCCCUAAUAAAGGCCUACUUUAGGGUGUUCCUGUCUCUGGCUCAAUUCCCAUCCUCUCAGAGAUAGUGUUUUUGGGAUGUACAAAUCAAAAACGACAUAGAUUCAUACAGUUUUUAGGAGCUUAUUGGGUUAUAUGCGAUAGAAUUACCUUUGUCUCCUGACCAAAAAUAUUAAUUACUUUUGCUAAGAUCACAUAUUCUUUGUAUUUUGCUGGGUACAUUCACAGUGGUAUGUAUUCUAUGGUGGUGUGGACACAGAAAACUACAGUACCAAGUUACCCACCACUGAGAAUGUUCAGACGAAAGAACCCAUGCAAUUAUACACACUACCAAGUAUUUUUUUAAUUUUUAAAUUUAUUUAUUUACUUACUUUCUGUUACCAG